AUGCAUUCCUCUCAAAUCACCGUGCUUCUUCAGCUUCUGCCUUUCUUGGCCUCUGCAGCCUCGAUCGGAGCUGCCAAACCCAUGUCCGUCGACGUCGUCUCUCUGGAGCCAACGAUGGAACAUAUGCAAUCCAUGUACCCUGACGUCUUUCAGUCCAAUCGUUCUUCGCUUGUACACGUGGACGCCGUCCAAGCGGACCCGAAUCUUGCAUUCAGAUUUACGGCCGGAUCUCUCGCUGUAUCGGGCUACUUCUCCUUCUUUGGGGGAGACGAAAAAUUCAACAAGGCCGCGGACGCCUGCAGACAGGGUGCCAACCACGAUGGUUUCAGAUGCGUCACCUACUCCCUUUCCGCUGGCCUGGGUCAUGCUGUCGUAGCCGGAGCCGGAUUCGUUGGCGGCCGCCAGUUCAUCAACUACUUCUGGCAGCAAGCAGCGCUCCAAGCGGCUGGUUUUGCCUCAAACAACGCCAAAAGAGCAAACUGCCCUUCCAUCCGAUGGAAGUCCGAUCCCAACAUCUACUAUGAUGGAAACAUUGGGGUGAAAUUGACUUCGAAGAAUUUCUGCCACCAUCCAAACGGUCCUCAACAGACCGAGCUCAACAAUCUAGCUUCCUCAAUCGUCAGCGCGAUGAAAGGGAAGGGUGCCACGGAAGUGCAGUUCACCGUCUACCAAAUGUUCGACAGGCAGAUCGUUUCGAGGAAUCACUUCCAGCUCGACGUCCCCAACAGGGUCGACGCCUGUCCGGACACGAUCACGGGCGGCGACAACUGCUUCGUACAAGAUUGA